AUGCCCCUCAUCCCACCCUCGCCCGCAAAGCGCAGCAAGGAGAACGUCCCCGACCGCUCGUCGUACCUCUCCUUCCUGUGGGAGAAGUCGGAGCGCGCCCAGCCCCUCAAGGAGGCCCCGCCGAGCAACGAGGACGUCACGAUGCACACCUACAAGAACCAGGCGGCGCAGCACGCCGCCGCGGCUAAGAACCCCUACCACUACCUGAAGUCCGGCCAGGCGCAGCCCGUCGCCCAUCAGGAGGACGUCCGCAUGCGCACCGCCAAGAUGGAGACACAGAAGCCCCGCGGCCUCGAGGUCUGGGAGCGUGAGAUCCUCGACAAGCCUGAGGUCCAGCGCCGCGCUACCGUUGCGCAGAUCUACUUCCUUGACUACUACUUUGACCUGCUCGGAUACAUCUCGGACAGGAAGCGCCGCUACGACACCUUCAAGAAGGACACGACUGCCCGUCAUGUCACUGGCGACGCCUACAACAAGGAGCUGUCGAGCUACAACGGUCGCGAGCGUGUGAUUCUCCGCAAGCGCCGGACGAAGCUCCGCGUCGAUCAGUUCCGCAUCAUCGCCCAGGUCGGUCAGGGCGGUUACGGCUCGGUGUACCUCGCUCGCAAGGCGGACACGAACGAGGUGUGCGCCCUCAAGAAGAUGCGCAAGGGCACCCUCGCCAAGAUGGACGAGGUGAAGCACGUUCUCGUCGAGCGUGACAUUCUGACGGCGGUCAAGACGCCCUGGCUCGUGCGCCUGCUCUACGCUUUCCAGGACACUGAGCACGUCUACCUUGCCAUGGAGUACGUUCCGGGAGGCGACUUCCGCACGUUACUGAACAACUCGGGAGUCCUUAAGGAGGAGCACGCUCGCUUCUACGCUGCUGAGAUGUUCAUGGGCGUCAACGAGCUGCACAAGCUCGGCUACAUCCACCGUGACCUCAAGCCGGAGAACUUCCUCGUCGACGGCACGGGACACGUCAAGCUGACGGAUUUCGGUCUCGCUACUGGCGCGCUGAACCCGCAGCGUAUCGAGGCGAUGAAGAGCAAGCUCGACGCCGUGUCAGACGACGCCCUCGUCUUCCGCUCCACGCUCGAGCGCCGUACGAUCUACCGCUCGAUCCGCAUGGCCGAGCCGCGGUACGCCGACUCGGUCGUCGGCUCGCCCGACUACAUGCCGCCCGAGGUGUUGCGCGGUAAGACGUACACCUUCUCGGCCGAUUACUGGUCGCUGGGCUGCAUCCUGUUCGAGUUCCUGUGUGGUUUCCCGCCCUUCUCCGGCCAGACGCCUGAGGAGACGUGGGCCAACUUGAAAAACUGGCCGCGCGUCCUCCGCCGUCCCGUGUACGAAAACCCCGAGGACCUCAUCUUCAACUUAAGCGACACGGCAUGGGACGCUGUCGUGCGCCUGAUCGCGCACCCGCGCGACCGCGUCGCCAACCUGCAGGACGCGCAGGCGCUGCCCUUCUUCCUGCCCCUGCCGUUCGAGAAGAUGCGCCAGCUCCCCGCCCCCUUCGUCCCCGUGCUCGACGGCGAGACGGACGUCGGGUACUUUGACUCGUUCUCGAGCCCCGAGGACAUGGCCAAGUACGCCGAGGUGUUCAAGAAGCAGCGCGACGUCGAGGCCGUCGAGGAGCGCGGACACGGAAACCGCAACAACUGGGUCGGAUUCACCUUUGGACGCAACGCCCCCGCUGGGCAGAAUGUCCGCGCACCCCACAUCAAGCCCGAGAACGAGGCCCUCCAGGUCAUGUUCUAA